GACAUCUCGCAGACAUCGUCGAAGCAAGCGCCCAUCAUGGUUGCCCUGUUUCGAAGCAUCUACACGAAAGUUCUCCUCUCCGCAGCAUAUAUAGCUGUCGCCAUCCAUAUCGUGGGACAGCUCUUCCGAUACUACACGUCGCCUCCAAGCGCCGCGGUCGACCUUAACGUCGCAGUUAAAGUCCCGACCUUCGAUCCACCGAGUGGGACAGAAAAAGAAGACGAGAUACAACUCCCCGACUCCUUCAACUACACACUGGACAACUACCGGUUAUGCGUGAGAGGCGAUCCUUACGGUGGCCUUGUUCUCAUCCUCGUGUCCUCAAAAUCCAUAAACUUUCGCGAGCGGAUCGCCAUCCGCGGGACCUGGGGCCUCUCGAGCCGCGACCACGGCUUCGUCCUCGCCUUCUUGCUCGGUCGUUCGGAAAAGAGCGGCAUCCAGGACCUUGUCCUGGCGGAGGACGAUCACUACUACGACAUCAUUCAGGGAGAUUUCCCGGACGCGAACGCGACGCUCAAAACCAUCAUGAUGCUCCACUGGGUGUCCGUGUUCUGUCCAGGCGCGAAAUUCGUGCUGAAGACUAACGACGACGUCCUUGUGAACCCGUGGGGUCUAUGGUCCGAAGCGUACACGUCGCUCAAGAAUUCCAAAUGGACGAUGUGGGGACUAAAGUAUGAGGAGGUCCGACUGCCCUCGAAAGCUUCAAGUGAUGCGCUGAUCGAAGACGAGGGUGAAGUUCGCGGCCCGUUCCUGGACGGCAGCUCCUACCUGUUCACCGCCGACUGUGCGAGCCUUCUCUACAGCCUCUCCAUUAGUGACCCUUCGGUGCCGGUAAAUGACGCGUACUUGACGGGGGAGUUGGCGUUGGAAGCAGGGCUACGUGUAGUUCAUCAUCCGGGAUUUCAGUUAUCGCGCACCCUGUUCCGACCCUGCGCGGUACCGAGGCAGAUAACUCGGCGUGGAUUCGACCCCAUGGCGCUCUUGAAAGUGUGGAAGACUGUACCGAUUAAGAGUAAAACGUUUCGCUGCAAUAUAACGUCUUCGACAUGAAAGCGUGUGAACCGUCUCGAAAUGAAACGACGUCUCUCUGUGCGUGCAUGGAACCGUGGAAGACCGUAUC